CGGUACCAUAGAGAUCGGAAAGGGGAGCGAGCGGCAGAGCCGGAAGGAAAGCCGAGAGCGAAGGCGGUCAGGCAAGAUGGCGGCGACCAAGAGGAAGCGGCGUGGAGGCUUGGCGGUUCAGGCGAAAAAAACAAAGAGGAACGAAAAAGAUGCCAAGCAGCCAGCUAAGCUGCGCGACAUGGCAGAAGAGGCGGAGGAGGAAGAGAGAGACCGUAUCCCAGGCCCCGUUUGCAAGGGCAAGUGGAAAAAUAAGGAACGGAUUCUCAUCUUUUCUUCCAGAGGAAUAAAUUUCAGAACAAGACAUUUAAUGCAAGACUUGAGAAUGUUGAUGCCUCAUUCUAAAGCAGAUACAAAAAUGGAUCGUAAAGACAAGUUAUUUGUCAUUAAUGAGGUUUGUGAAAUGAAAAACUGCAAUAAAUGUAUCUAUUUUGAAGCUAAGAAAAAACAGGAUCUCUAUAUGUGGCUUUCAAAUUCACCUCAUGGGCCAUCUGCUAAAUUCCUCGUUCAAAACAUCCAUACCCUAGCUGAACUAAAGAUGACUGGAAACUGUUUGAAAGGUUCUCGGCCCCUUUUGUCUUUUGACCCUGCUUUUGAUGAAUUACCACAUUAUGCUUUGUUAAAAGAACUCUUAAUUCAGAUCUUUAGUACACCACGAUAUCAUCCCAAAAGCCAACCAUUUGUGGACCAUGUGUUUACUUUCACCAUUUUGGAUAAUAGGAUAUGGUUUCGGAACUUUCAGAUCAUAGAAGAAGAUGCUGCUCUUGUAGAAGUAGGACCUCGCUUUGUCUUAAAUCUCAUAAAGAUUUUCCAGGGAAGUUUUGGAGGACCAACUUUAUAUGAAAAUCCUCACUACCAGUCACCAAACAUGCAUCGGCGUAUCAUAAGAUCCAUCACAGCUGCAAAAUACAAAGAGAAACAACAAGUGAAGGAUGCACAGAAAAUGAAAAAGAAAGAACCAAAGACUAUUCUUCCACAUGAUCCCACUGCAGAUGUUUUUGUUAUACCAGCUGAGGAAAAGCCGAUAGAAAUACAGUGGGUAAAACCAGAGCCGAAAGUUGAUUUGAAAGCAAGAAAGAAAAGGAUUUACAAAAGGCAAAGAAAAAUGAAACAGAAGAUGAACAGUGGGAAUGCAAAAUGAAUCAGUGGAUAACUAACUUUUCAGUAAUUUUAUAUUUAUUUUGUAUUCAAUGUGUAAAUACUUUUUAUUAUCCAGGACUACCUUGUAUCUCAUUAGUGUGGCAUUUAAGACAAAAAUCAAAUUAAAAUUUGUGGCUUC